AUGUUUCGGUAUCUAGAUAAUAUCACUGCGCCCAAAAAUAUAGUUCUAGUUUUGGUGCUGCUCGGUCUUUCAUCAACUCAUGCCGAGGAUUAUUCUAAAGUUAACUCGAACUCACCAACGGUUUCGGCAGCAACCAACACGCAGCAUACAUCAUCUCUUGUAUCGAGCUCCUCCGCACAACAAAUUCAUGGUUACGAUAAAAGGAAUAUAAAAGCUACGGAUUUAAAGGCUUCAAGCUCGGCGGCUGCAAAGAGUUAUGAUCCGCCGCCAGAGUUUUAUAGAGGUCCAGGCUCCACCUCCAAAACAUCCAGCUCUUCUACGGUUGGUCAUAACCGCGACAGCGCAACCGCCAGCUUUGUCUCCAAACCUAUAUCCUUUCCGGAUCUGUUAAAUCAAAAAAACUCAAACGAUCUCAGUCAGAAGCUCGCAAACUCCUUCAAUAGCUGGCAGAUCCUGCGUGGACAAGGUGCACAGGAUAGGAUUAGCGUGAAACCCUAUGGCAGCGGCGAAGCGCAUGGACUAACAUCAGGCUACGCACCCGGCGGCGGUGGCGGACACUACAGCUACCAAGAUGUACGCCCCUACAGCAACGGCGGGCACUACAUCGAUUAUGGGGCGGCACAUGCAGGCGGUGGCGGUCACUAUGGCGCCAGUGGACACGGCGGCUACUAUGGUGGCGCACACAGCGCUGAAGCUGGCGCUAUACCUUUCGAUGUGUACGGCGGCGGCAAGGGUAGUGGACAUUAUGCGGGCGCCGGUGGUGAAUACUCAUAUACUUAUCCAGAGUUGCCACACGAGGCAGCCACACAUAAAGGACCUCACGACCUGGCGCAGAAAGCUUUGCUGGCAAAGAGUUUCCUCAUACCACUAGCCAGUGCGGCGGUCUUGGGCAUAGCUGCAGCUUUGGUCAGCAAUCCAUUGUUACUACAAUUGGGCACCGUCUCAGGUUUGCCAGUGGGCACUGCGGUGGCAGGCAAGCGUCGGAGACGGGACUUAACGUCUUCGCAUGCAGCAUUAACGGCAAGUGGCCGACGUAUGAAGGUAGCUGCUACUGGCGCUGGCGCAGACAUCGCUUAUCGUGCACAACAUCUAAGCCGUAAGGCACGUGUGUAGCUGCAGCGUGUGGAAGUAAGGAAGCUUAAUUUAAUUUACAAACUCUUAUCCUUGGCUAACGGAAGCCAGCAGUUAAGCGCUUCAUUGUGAUUGAAUUGGGUUGAUAGAAAUAUAGAAAAGUAAGAGAUUGCGAUUAGAUAGCGAAUAUGCUUAAAUAAA